AUGAAUUAAAAUUAGAAUGAGGAAGGUAAUAUAUUAAUAUAUAAAAAUAGCUCCAAAAAAGCAUUCCAUCACUCUCUGUACAGGAAAUGUAAUUAUUUUAUAAUCAUAUAGAAAAAUAAACUAAAGGAAUUCAUUCAAAUUAUGGGAGAUCAAUUUCAUAUUGAUUCUGAACCUGUAGAUCGUAUUGUUUUAUUGUAAUAAAUAAGUACCUGAGUUAUAAGGACCACCUCUUUUAAUAGCAAAAGAAAAAGCUAUACUUGCUUAUGAAAAAUUAGGAAAAGCAUGUGUUACAGAGGAUACUUCAUUGUGUUUCAAUGCUCUUAAUGGAAUGCCUGGUCCUUAUGUGUAAAAUUUGGUUAAUUUUUCUAAAAUAGGAAAUGGUUUUUGGAUGCAACAGGACCAGAGGGAUUAAGCAAAAUGUUAGAUGGAUUUGAUGACAAGACUGCAUAUGCUCAAUGCAUUUUAUCAUAUAUGGGACCAGAAUUAAAGGAACCAAUAUAAUUUGUUGGAUAAACUCCAGGAGUUAUUAUAAGACCAAGAGGUCCUGGACAUUUUGGUUGGGAUCCAAUUUUUUAACCUGAUGGAUAUACAGAGACGUAUCGAUAAGAAUUAUUUUAAGAUAUGCGGAAAUGGAUAAGGAUGUGAAGAAUAAAAUAUCUCAUAGACAUAAGGCAAUCCAAAAAUUCAUUGAUCAUUUUCUAGUAAAUUGAGU